CAAGAUGGCGGCCCCCAUGUUGCGGUGCUGUUCCCGGGGCCGGUGUUUGGGAAGCCUAGGCCCGUCAGGAGUUUUGUUUCUGGGACUGCGUGAGGCCCAUUCGGGCGCUCAGGGGUUGCUGGCGGCGCAGAAGGCUCGAGGUCUGUUCAAGGAGUUCUUCCCCGACAGGGGUACGAAGAUAGAGCUCCCCGAGCUCUUCGACCGUGGAAAGGGCAACUUUCCCCAGACCAUCUACUGCGGUUUCGACCCCACGGCCAGCUCGCUUCACGUGGGGCAUCUGCUAGCCCUUCUGGGCCUGUUUCACUUCCAGCGAGCUGGCCACAACGUGAUUGCGCUGGUGGGAGGUGCCACCGCGCGCCUGGGAGAUCCGAGCGGCCGCACCAAGGAGCGCGAGGCCCUGGACGCGGAACGCGUGCGAAGCAAUGCGCGCGCCCUGCGCCGAGCGCUUGAGGACCUGGGGGCUAAUCACCAGGAGCUCUUCGCGGAUGGGCGGCCCUGGGGAAGCUUCACGGUACUGGACAAUUCAACCUGGUACCAGAAGCGGCACCUGGUGGACUUCCUAGCCGCCGUUGGCGGCCACUUCCGCAUGGGGACGCUCCUGAGCCGGCUGAGCGUCCAGACCCGGCUCAAGAGUCCCGAGGGCAUGAGCUUGGCCGAGUUUUUUUACCAGGUGCUCCAGGCCUAUGACUUUUACUAUCUGUUCCAGCAUUAUGGAUGCCGGGUCCAGCUCGGUGGAUCUGAUCAAUUGGGCAAUAUCAUGUCCGGAUACGAGUUUAUCCACAAGUUGACUGGAGAAGACGUAUUUGGGAUCACUGUGCCUCUAAUUACAAGUACAACAGGAGCAAAAUUGGGAAAGUCUGCUGGGAAUGCUGUGUGGCUAAACAGAGAUCAGACCUCUCCGUUUGAAUUGUAUCAAUUCUUUGUCAGGCAGCAGGAUGAUGUGGUAGAAAGGUACCUGAAGCUCUUCACUUUUCUGCCCCUUCCAGAGAUUGGCCACAUAAUGCAGCUGCAUGAAAAAGAGCCGGAAAAGCGGGGUCCUCAGAAACGACUUGCUGCAGAAGUUACAAAGCUUGUUCAUGGACAGGAAGGGCUAGCUUCUGCUAAAAGGUGUACACAAGCCCUGUAUCAUAGCAGCAUCGACGCACUGGAGGUCAUGUCUGAUCAGGAGUUAAAAGAGUUGUUUAAAGAAGCUUCAUUUUCUGAAUUAGUUCUUGACCCAGGAACAAGUGUCCUAGAUACCUGCCGCAAAGCAAAUGCCAUUCCAGAUGGUCCCCGAGGGUAUCGGAUGAUAACAGAAGGUGGAGUCAGUAUAAAUCACAGACAAGUAACAAAUCCUGAGAGUGUUUUAGUCGUUGGACAACAUAUUCUUAAGAAUGGACUUUCAUUACUUAAAAUAGGAAAAAGGAAUUUCUACAUUAUAAAAUGGCUUCAGCUAUGAUGAAAAAUCCUUCUGCUGGUUCAAACAAUAUGCAUCCGUCUCAUUCUCAAGAUGUAUCAAAGGUUGGCUCCAGAACUUUUACUUUCAUUCAUACGAGCCGAACGGGAGUACACUCUAGGCCUCAGAGUGUGAGUAAUUUCAUUAUUUAUAUAGGUUGCUUAAUAGAAGGUGUUUGUGUAAUGACGGGGUAUUUUAUUUCCUGAUCUGCAAGUAUUAAGGACUACCAUAGAAAACCAUGAUUGCCAUGGAUAAUCUCUUUUAAAAAUUCUGAUUCAUGAAAUAACUAUUGUAUCCUGCUUGCUCUCUUUUUAGAGAUGAGGAAGAACAGUGAAAAAGAGGACAGAAUAAGGACUCUUGGGUACUUUUAUUUUGGGUGUCUAUCUCCCUGACCUUACUGACACCAGCAGCCACAUUAAAAAUGUGAAAUACGGUAUUGGAAACUAGAUUUCUGAAUUUUUUUGUUUAGGAAGCAAAUAUAGUUUUCCUGAAGAAGUAUUACAUGGAGCCCUAGUUGGCAGUAGAAAUUACAGUUGAAAGUUUCCUUUUAAAGAACCAAAACUAGUACUUUUGAGGAAGUCCGAUUCAGUUUUCCAGUCCCUUACCUGUGUUUCAGUAUAAAUUUACUCACAGCCUUGUUUUGCCAGAUUACCAAAGUAGCAAUAUUUUAUAAAUCUGGAAACUUAGUUUCAAGUUCCACUUUCUGUCCCCAAGCAGAUUGCAACUUCAGAUAAACUGAAAAGUAACUAGAGAGAAAAUAGAGGCAAAUAUAUCAAAUAUCCAAUCACAGGAGACUAUCAAAAGAUAUUCUUCUGGUAAGGGACGUUUUCAGAUCACAUUUAAAGGAUUUAGAAUCAAGACUUAUAAGCUGUGCUUACAUGAGGCAGGUCAAUUCUCAGUACUGUUUCUGUAUGUGAAAAAUCGAGGUAGUUAUCACCCCUAUUUCCCUGAGGACCAAGUGAAACGUGCAAAUGGUUCAUAAUCUGAUACCUUCUAGAAAACCUUACAGGCAGCAAAGCAUGGCUUUACUGUUCAAAUGCUAGCCAUUUACUACCUGGAAUACUUGAAACAAAUCACUAUCCUAAUAUAUAAAAGUGGAGAUGUACCAGUAGCUCUUUGAAUUAUGAGAAUUCCGUAGGCACGAAGUUGUAAAACUUUGAUAUAGCAUAAGCUGUCUUAUGUUCCAGUUAGAUUUAUAUGUUAAAAAGCUAUAGUUUAGCUAAACGUUUCUCUGGGAGCAAAGUUAGAGGAAAAAUUCACUUAUUGACAAAACUUGAAUGUCAUUUUGUACCAGCAAUUUUAUUUACACAGCAAGAACAUACAGGUAUCCGUGGUAAAUGUCAGAGAUCAUCUCCACAUCUCAGAGCUUCACUCAGUUUGAGAGCCAGUAAAGGAAGGUUUUCUGAAACUUUCCAUACCUUUCUUGUCUCUGCCUUUCUUGUACAAGGUGUGUAGUACCAGCGAGUACAUUACCAUAGCCUAUUUCUAAAGGGUAACAUUUCCAAUUUGAAAUUUGUUUGAUAUGCUGGGGAAUGGUACACUGUAAGCUUCUCCCCCCCCCCCUUACAAAUUCAAAAGGCUGGAAUGGUAAUCAUCUGAUGUAUCUGAAGUAAGUAAAUUCAUGGAUGGAUGUACUGAUGUUCAGUAAUGACAAGAGUGAUUUUAAAGUGUGUGCUAACAAAUAUUUAGGUAGUAUGUAUCAAGAUGGUACUAUUAACAGGUUCAAAGUAGUACCGUGUAAGACUGAAUCUGAUUUUUAUGUUUGAGAUCAGUUGCUGAGCGCAUUGUUUAGCAAAGUUAACACACACAUUGUCCCUGCCAGUAGUCCUUCAUCAAUAACAGAAAUGUUAAUAUGUUCAGUAGAUUCUAAGUUGCUGAUAUGAUCUUUCAGAGAUGGAGCUCGAUGCCUUAGGAUUUUGACCCAUGUCUUAAAAUUUAUAAUGUAAUUCGUACCAAGAAUCACCUGGGGAAUUUUAAUAAAGUGUGAGUAUGUUCUAAACCUUACCCAAAACUCUGAAUGUAUUUUAGUAACGUAAAGCUUUUAGGUGUUGUCUGUCCAGAUGUUUUUCUUUAAAUAAUAAGGCUCCACCAGUAUUUUGGUAUCUGUAUUCUAACAUAUUCUGUUGGCGUGAAGCUAAAUUAACUAUUACCAACUAAUAGAGAAGAUGUAUACUUAAAUGACCACAGUAUUUGGUUUUAAGUACCACCUCCAAGUGAAUCUUAGAGCAUGUUAUAAGUGACCCAAUUUAAAGAUGUAUCUGAAUUACUAUCAUAUUUGAGAAUCAAGUCUAGGUGAUUGUUUUUAAUGCAGGAAAGUAGAAUUCAUGCCUGUAGGUUUAAGACAGAAUCAAAGAUAAUGUAGAUGUUUAAUGCACGAGGGCAGCGUGGACCUGAAGGGGAAGGACCGCAGUAGCUACACCUUAUGCACACAUCACUGUCAAUGUUACAUAUCUUCUUGUGCCUUCAGCUUUCUUACUAACACAUCAAAGGUUGCAGAGAAGCUCAAUAGUAGAAAUCGAAGGACAGGUGGACUACAGUGACCGUAACCGUUUACGAAGAAGACAAGUCACUACUUCAACUAUGGCAUCAUGAAGUUUAGGAAACCGCAACAGCUCCUAUAUACAUGACAGAAGAAAGAAAAGUAGAAGUCUCCUUUGUUUAAAGGAGAAUUAAGUAAUUCCUGAAGUAGAUCUUAAGCUGCAUGUAAGCUCCUUCAGAACACUUUUAUGGAUAAGGAAACUCCAGAUUUUAACUUACGUGUAACCCACCUUGUGCAUGGCCUCCCAUCCCAUGAAACCACCGUGUCGCGUGUGGUACUACUUAAUCGGAUGCCCGCACACCUGCCCAUUACCUGUGUGCUGUAAUUGCUACAGUGCUGAAUGAUCCUUUGCAUCUCCUCGUGAACCAGUUCCACACAACGCAGGCUGGGUUCUUCCAGACGUUUGAUUUGCCGCUUGACCAAUAACUCAAAUGAAACUUCAGGCACAAACAAAGCAGGACGGGGACCCUAAAAAAAAUGCUGCGCUAUUAUACCUACACGUAAUUUUAGUUCUUCCCUAGGUUAGAAUAAAUCACAUUUCUUGGUAUUUUUCAUGAAAAGUGCUUCCUAGUAUCAAGUAUGAGGGCUAAGCUGUACAAUUCAUUUAAAAACAUACAGCUAAUGCGUUAAAAAUUAUAAUAAACCUUUAACCUCUUUUUUUAAAAAAGUCCAACUCAAGCGUACUCACAGUAGCAUUUCUAAUGGCAGUCAAAAUGUCAAUAGUGUUAAGGCCACCUAGUGGGUCAACAGAUUCUAGAGUUCGCCCAAAAGUCUCAUGGAAAAUAUAACAUAUCCGAGCACCACCGCAUCUGAAAGGCAGUCAAGUAUAUGGUUUCUGUUAUUACUAAGAGGGAAGCCACAAGUUAGAAGUAUUUCUAUAAACUUUUAAGGUCUUAUUUUCUGAAAAAGUCUCAAACAGUUACAUUUAGGUCAUUUCCAUGUGUUCUCAACUCCAUUAUGAACCAGCUUCUCUACUCGUUUCUUUUAAUGGAGAAGAGUCAUUCCACAGAAGGUAUUCACAUGUAUAUAUGUGGAUGCACACAGAACUGUUGUGUCAAAAAACAGCAGUGAACUAAGAACUACUGAACAUGUUUUCUCUGCCCUAGUUUUCAACUAUAAGCUUUUGAAAAGACAAGGAACAGUAUCUUACUUAUUUUUGUCUAUUCACAAUUCAAAGGAGAGAUAAGUAAACUUUUCCUGUAAAGGGUCAGAUAGUAAAUAGUUUAGACUUCUCAGGCCAUACAGUCUGUCACAAUGACUCUUUUCUACCACUGAGCACAAAAGCAGCCAUGGAUAAAAUAUAAACAAAUAAGCACAGCUGUGUUCCAGUCAAAUUCAGGCACACAACAAUGUGGAUUCUAUAUAAUUUUCAUGUCAUGAAAUAUUCUUUGAAUUUUUUUCAACUAUUUAAAAAUAUAAAAAUCAUUCUUAGCCAAUGGGCUAGUUUGCCUACUUCUGCUUUAAACAAGUCUCUAGCAUUCACUACUUUCUUACAGUUGUCUAGGCCGAAGGUGAAGGAGCCUAACAUUAAACUAGGUGAAAUAAGGGACACACAAAAGGACCAAUACCGUAUGACUUCCCUUAUAUGAAAUAUCUAGAAUUAGCAGAUUGAUAGAGACAAAGCAAAUUAGAGGUUCCCAGAGAUGAGAAGGAGGAAAGAGAUACUGCUUAACAGACACAGAGUUUCUGUUGGGGUGAUAAAAAAUUUUAGAAAUCAGACACCAUUUGAUGGUUAGAUAAUAUUGUGACUGAAAUUUAAUGCCAUUAAGUUAUACUUCAAAUUGCCAGUUAAAAUUACCAGUCUGUCUUGAACCUUUCCCUUCUCCAAAUAAUUUUCCAUAAUGACCAUAAUUAUACUUCUAAAAUGGGUACUCCUCUGACCAGAAGUGUUUUAUCUGUUAUAGCAAGAAGUCCUCCAAAUUCUGAGGAUCUCUGAUCUUCCACAAUCUUGUUCUUAGAUGCCUUUGCUGCCUUACCUCCGUUAUGCCCUGUCACUGCAUGCCAUCCUCCAACAACACCCUGCAAUAUUCUUUGCUGUCUGAAGCCUAAAGUACCCUUCUACUUAGUGCCUCCCCAAAUUCUAUUCAGAGCCCAACCCAAACUAUGGCAUUCUCCCACUCCCUGAGAGAAAUGUAAAUGGUCUCUUUUCAGUGUCCUAAAGGCUUGAUUAGGUGGUUACAGAUUAUUUGCUUUAUUAACUACUUAUAAAACUCCCCAUAUAUAAUAUAUGCAUGUUUCUGGAUACGUAUUCUAUUUAAUAAGUAUUUAAAUAAAAAUACUUGAUUAUA